GGUUCACACCCGUAGGUGGCCGAGAGUCUAUGCUGUUUCCUGCAGACCUUGGUUAAAGCUCUCAGAGACCCCAAGGGUUGGAGUACGUGGUUGGACUCCUGGCUUUGUGCCUAGGGCCUCUGUGAUCUGACCCAGGAGUUUUGCCCUGUUCUGGGCCUUUGCCAGGGUAGUCUGCUCCUCUCCCCUGCCUGGAAUUCUCCCCAGUCCUUACCUGGCUGUCUGUUCCCCACCCUCUCUCCUCAGGGGGAAGUCCUUGCUACCAGGAAAUCUCUGGGCCCCCAAACACUCCCCUCAGCCUCCAUGAGUCUUGGCCGCAUUUCAGCUUGUUUGGACCUCCUGGGUGCCGAUUUUGGGGCUCAGGGCCGUUCUUUGGCUCCUGCUUUUCCAUGGUGCCCAGAGGCCUAGCAUCUGGCCCCUCAUCCCUAGGGAUACCGUGCCAUCUCUUGGGACGAAUCAGCAGAGCCAGGCUGGGGCAGGAUGGGGACUGGACACCCAGGGUCCACUCUUGGAAAGGGCCACCCUAGGGGAGCUGCUCUUCCUCCUACCCCCCAGAGAGGUUCCAGUGCGCGUUACUCCCACCCCUAUCCCGGCCAAGAUCUCGAGGACAAGGGCGCAUAGGGGGAUCCCGGGGUGGGGGUGAAGGGGGCGAGAGGGCAACGCAGAGCCUGGAGCUCGGCCUCCCGCCCCAAUGAGCUCCGCUGCGAUUGGUGGAAAGUUCGUGGACCAAGCCGCGAUUGGCCAUGCCGGGCGGGGCAGCGGGGCUGCGCGAGCGGAGCGGUGCGCGGGGCUGGCCGGCGCCCCGGGUGCUGCCGCCGCCGCCGCCGCCCGCCCGCGCCCUGGCACCCCUUGCGCUCCGGACGCGCGCCGCUCGGGCCUCCUGGCCACCGCCACCUGCGCAGGGUCCUCGGAGGACCGCUGCAGCUGGAGCGGCAGGUACGAAGCCCCGGAAGGCCGCGCUCUGGAGCUGUGCUGCCCCUUCAUGCCCCCGGGGUCCAGAGAACUAGGUGAACGCAGCUGCGGCUGGCUUCGGGGGAGGGAGCGCCGGACGGGUUGUGCGCCGGGGGAAGACGCGAGCCGCCUGCCUCAGCGCCUCCCGUCCUGUCCUGUCCCCGGCGGCCUGACCCGGGAGCCGGGCGACGUAGGGAAGCUGUCGCUGGUCUGUUCGGAGGGCGUGAUCCAGUGGCUGUACCCGGCCGGGGCGCUGCGCCUGUCCCUGGCCGGCUCCGACUCCCGCACGCUCUCCGGAAUCGCCUGCCUGCGCCCCGCGCGGCCCUUCGUAGGCACGCAAGUCUUCGCGGAGGGGGCGGGCGGCGCCCGGGAGCUGCUGCUGGCCGAGGGUUUGGGCCCAUCGAGGGGCCGAUGCGUGCGCUGGGGACGUAAGCGCGGGGCCCUCUUCCUGCAGGCCACCCCACACCCCGAGCGCCGCGUGGCCUCCUUCCGCUUUGAAAUGCACGAGGACAGGUUUGCAGAACAGCCUCCACAGGCCCACGGUCUUGGUGCUGAUGCGGAGUGAUGGGCUUGGUCGGGAUGCGUCUGUCAUCCCCAUUGUACAGAGGGAGAAACCGAGCCAUGACGGUGAAGUGGGUUGUUAAAGGUCACACAGCUAGUGAGGACAGGUGGAAGAGACAGAAAGAGGGUGGGCAAUCCCUCGGGGUUCAACUUCAGGAAAAGGCUGGCAGGACUAUUGGUCCUUGAGAGGUCGGGGGUGGGGGAUGACAGGGGACAGAAUCAAAGCCUCCAGCCAAAGCUGUCCAGGUCUCCUUGACCCAUCAGUGACCUCCCUCCCUUCCCCCAGUCCAGUGUGUUCCUGGUCACCAUGGAGACACGGCCUUGCCUCCCAGGCCCACCUCUUUAAUUUCGUAGCACGUGGAACCUGACCCCACAGGGGAAGGGGGUCUUUCUGUUCUGCCCCAGGCCCUAGGCCAGAGACCCCAAAGCUCACGACAGCCUCCUGCCACCCACCUGGGUUGGGCUGGUGUCUUUGGGCCCAAGGAGGCAGCUCUGGGAAGCCAUAGGGGUCACCACAUGCUGGUGUGCACCUGUUAAGAUGGGUGUGUGAGAUGUGCCCCCGGACACCCACUUCCGGUGUGUGAGCCCUCAUGCCCGCACGCUGGGCAGAGCCCCUACUCCCAUGUCUGCGCAUGCGUGAGUGUGCAAGGGUCAGGUGCCCACAGGCUCCCUCGGGUCCCCAGUUGCUGUCAGGUCCCGAGGGGAGGGUCUGGUGGCCUGCACUUUCUGUCCUGCCUCCACCUGGGGGGAGGCCUAGGGUGGUCCAGGAGAGGGCAGGACCUACACUCACCGUCUCCCCUUCAUGCCAGCUGCCUGCAGGUCCCUGCAGUGACGUUGAGCUCCUGCUGACGGUGCCAUCUCUGGUGAGCAUCUCCGCCGUGGGGGGAGCCUGGGGUCCGCCCUGCCCUGCGUGCCACUGGCCAGUGUGUCUCCCCACAGUGAACAAGGGAACCAUCCACGGGGUUUCCCGUGACACAGAGCUGUGGGAGCGUGUUACCGUGUCCUCCAGCAGACACUGCCGCUGUUCUGGGUGGGGGCGUCGGGGGGCCGGGUGCAGGCUUCCAUUCACAUCCUGCUCACUGCAGCGUCGGGGCAGCCCCCAGCACCGUCCUCUUCACGGGCUGGAGCCACUUUCGUGAGGCCUGGCUGGGCUGUGCACCUCACUUCCAGGACUUCAGCUGUGCUGUGCCGCUGCCUUCGCCAACCACCUCAGCCCCCGGGAGGCGGCCCUGGACUGAGGGGCCUGGGAGA